UCUAAUUCCAGGUUAAUUACUUUUUAAAAAAAUAGAAUCUAACUCAUUUUUCUGUAGUUAUAAAAUCUAUAAAUUAUAUGUCAACGUUACUCUUGUUUAUUUUGUAUUCUAACUGGAAUCCUCUCUUAAACACUUCCAUGAUUUAGAAUAUCUCAAAUGUUAUUAAAUAGCCUAAUAAUUAUCCAUUCUAUAAUGUAAACUAGAUUUAUAACAAUGAACAGGAAGGUAUACGAGAAAAAUUCGUUGAGGAGGUUAUUUUCAAAUUUGGGUUCUGAAUCUCCAUUUCGUCAGAACAGUAUGGAGUUAUUGUACAAUACUUUGCCUAAGAAAAUCUUGCUAAUGUUAUCCCCUUUUAACCCUAACAUCGAUUCUGUAUUGGCGGAGUUGGUUUCAGUGAUAAGGGAGCAUUUGCCGACUUCGGAGGUGGUUUACGACAAGUCGAUUUUGUCCCAGAUUCCAGAAACUGAUAAGCUUUGGGGUGAGGUGCAAGAGUUAUAUAGAGGUCAAAUGGUAACUCACUUUGAGGACCCUUUGAAAACUCAAAAUCUGUCCCAAAAAGACUUGGACGAAGUUGAUUUAGUAAUUACAGUUGGAGGCGACGGCACAAUGUUGCGUGUAAAUAAGCUUUUCCAGGAUGAAAUCCCUCCAGUAAUCGGCAUUACUAUGGGUUCACUCGGUUAUAUGGCUAAAUUUAACCUUGAAACUGUAAGAGAAGCACUUGCAAAUAUUGAAACCAAGGGCUUCAAAAUCUCACUCAGAUCGCAAAUCCAAGUCAAUAUCCUAAAUGAAAACGGUGAAUGUGUUGUACAAAGAAAUGCCCUCAAUGAAUGCGUUAUCGACAGAGGACUUUCACCCUAUAUAACAACUCUUGAUGUGUUUUAUAAUGGAGACUAUUUUACAACAGUAUCAGGUGAUGGAUUAAUGUUAACAACACCAAGUGGAUCAACAGCAUAUUCAAUGUCAGCAGGAGGCUCAAUCGUACAUCCUCACGUAGAGGCAUUGUUGUUUACUGUUAUUUGUCCACAUUCGAUAUCCUAUAGACCAUUGGUGUUGCCGAGUACAUCUACAAUUAAGGUUGUGGUACCGCCCGAUAACCGUGGCUACGUAAGAGUUUCCAUUGAUGGUAAUUAUUCCUGUAACAUAAGGCAUGGGUGCUCAGUUAAAAUCGUAACCUCAAACACAAAGUUCCCGCUAGUUCUACCCAAACAGACCUGGACCACUAAGGAGUGGUGCAGGUCACUUAAGGAGAACUUGCACUGGAACGUAAGAAUAAGACAACAGAAACUACACAUUCCAACUGAAGAUACCUCAAAGGAUGAUAUAAACUCUCAAGAUUAAUUUUGUCACUAUUU